CCUCAAGGAAACACGCGCGCCAAGUACCCGCAAAGUGCGCCUGCAGCUCUGCGCGGACGGCUGCGGUCAAGUUCGGUAAUGGUGCUUGGGGACUACGGCUCGUGCCCGCGCUGCUUCUGUCGUCUAAGCUUUCUGAUCGACUUUUCACGAGUGACACACAUUCCACCGCGGUCGCGAAACGUCCGUAGUUUAGUGCAGAGAAGAGAACUAUAAAAUUCAUCGGUGUUGUGUACAAGAACCGCACCAGCGAUCGCGGAGUUACGCAAUGGCCAGCUCAAGGUGCAGCUGGGCCAUGGGGCCGAGCGUGCGCGCCACUCUGGUUGUGGUGUCGCUGGGUGCCCUCACCGUGCUCUACCACAUCGCCUCUGUGGGACAGACGGGGCCGCCAGACUUCUUCCAGGUGCGCAAAAUAUCCGGUGGCGAGUACCUGGUGUCGAGCCCCAGCUGCCGCAUCCCGGACAUGCCGGCGCGCCACCCGUCCAUUAAGGGGCUGCUCAAGUCGGUGGGGCCCAUCGUGUGCUCGCGCCGGCCGCCGCCCAGCUACGUCGAGCGGCUGUCCACGGGCGCGCACGUGCUCCGGCUCGAGGACAAAGUGGCGCACUGCUGCUACCACAACAUCACCAGGCCCGCCGAUCUCGACAUCGUCAAGACACCCGAUGAACUCUACAACCUCUCGGAGUGCAAGCCCAUCGAGAAUGGGGAGGCACGGUUGCUGCCUGAUGAGGAGUUCCUGCUGGUGAAGUGCGGCAAGGUGAUGGUGAACGCGCACGUCGUGGUCGCCGAGACGGAAGCUGUGCGCAGGCGCGUGGACGCGCAGCAGGAGCAGGCAGCCCCGGGCAUCAGCGUCCUGCUGCUCGGCAUAGACUCCAUGUCGCGGCUCAGCCUCUUCCGCACCAUGCCGCACACGGUCGAGCUGCUGCAGCGCCGCGGCUGGGUCGAGUACAAAGGCUACAACAAGGUGGGAGACAACACAUUUCCAAAUCUGAUAGCUCUUCUGACUGGGCUGAGCUAUGAAAAGGUCAAGAAAGUAUGUUGCAAGACAAAGGAAACACCAAUGGAUGACAUCCCUCUUAUCUGGAAGGAUUUUCAUCAACAAGGAUACAUAACUGCUUACGCUGAAGAUGAAGUAUUUAUUAGCACAUUCAACUACCAGAAAGGUGGCUUCAAGCAUCAACCUACAGACUACUAUCUUCGACCCUUUUUCCUUGCCACAAACAAGAAACUGAAAUCUAAAUCUACUGAUCAGUCAGCUACAUGUGCCGGGUCUCUUUCUGUUUCAGAACACAUUCUUAGGUAUGCAGUAGAUUUCGCAACUGUUUUUCAGAAUGCCUCAUAUUUUGCACUCUUUUGGGUGAACAAUUUUAGUCACGAUAACCUCAACACCCCUAGUGCUAUGGACAUUAAAAUCAUGUACCUCCUUCAAGAGCUGACAGACAGUGGUGUUCUGAACAAUACACUUGUACUUUUUUUCAGUGAUCACGGAAUGCGCUUUGGGAAGAUACGAGAAACAGUUGUUGGUUGGUUUGAGGACAGACUUCCCUUCCUGUAUUUCUGGAUACCUCCUUGGUUUAGGAGUAGUUACCCUGAUGCCUAUAAGAAUAUUGUCACAAACAGCAACAGACUAACGUCACCUUUUGAUGUUCAUGCGACUCUGAGAGACGUACUUGAAAGGGCAGGAAGGACAGACAGUGAAAUGAGUGUCAAAAAUGCAAGUCUCGAAUGCCCAACGUGUAACAGUCUCUUCAGGGAAAUUCCCUAUGAUAGGAAAUGUAAGGAUGCAGGUAUUCAGCCUCACUGGUGUGCAUGCACAGAGUACAGGACGGUGUCUACCAAAGAUACUACCAUGCAGGCUUGUGCAAAAUAUGCACUUUCUGAGCUGCAGUCUAUGUUAGAUGCUGCAAACAAGGAGAGAAAAGUGAAACUUUGUGCUGAUUUGAAGUUGAAACGAGUAGUUGAAGGGAAAAGCAAUGAUCUCGAUAUUAAAGCAGAAAUGGAUCAUGUGGACUACGUAGUUGUGUUUCAGACUACACCUGGUGAUGGACUGUUUGAAGCAACUGUCAGACACUUCCACAAAGAUCCAGCAUCUUUCAGUCUCACAGGACAAAUAAGCAGGCUAAAUAUUUAUGCCAAUCAAAGUAGGUGCAUUUCAGAUGCUCAUCUGAAGCUUUACUGUUACUGUCUAGAUAAAAAAGUGUGAUUCACAAAAUUUCCAAGAAAUGACUAUUUCUUGUGCGUCAAUGAGAGUUACCAGGUAGCUCAAAUGUGGUUCCAUUCUGUAGCAUCUAUAUGUUCCUGAAACAAUGAAAUGUCAUGUUGUAAUGGCAGUAAGAUAAAUUAUUUUGCAGACAAGAAUUUUUAUGAUUUUUUUUUUCUUUUACCAUGGCUGUGAAGCUAAAUUUUAUAUAGAAACUGUUCAGUGGCUGCUUUUUAAGAUUGUGACUGAAGUAGUUGCAAUGAAAGCAGUUAUCUAGUUGGUAUUAUUUUUUAUGUUGUGUUUAAAAGUACUUCUCAUACUUUCAAGGACUAUGUAUUACAUCCUGUUAAUAUGAACUUACCUUUUCUGUAUGGUUAAUUAUUUUUUUUGGUGACUGAAGUGAUGUCUAUGAUUGUUCAUAGAGUUCAGGAAAUCAUAGUUCCUGCAAGUGCAUGAGUACAGUACAAAUGUGUUAAAUGUGUUCCAAGGCCAAAUAGAUGAUGCUCAUUGUACUGGUUGCAGACUACCUAAUGAGAAAUGUUACUGUUGUGUUUCCCCUUUUCUUUCAGCAUGCCAGCUGGUCUGGAGUGCUGAAUUUUCAGAACAGUCAAUUUCUUGAGCACUGAAUAUUUUGUAUUUUUCUUCAUUAUAAAACUUCAUUCAUUUGUUACUUUGCAAUGUAUGAUUAUCACACAUGUACAGAUCUUAGACGGAGUACACCACAGUUCUAAAAAUGUACCCUACUCUGCUUCAGUGAAGAAUCUCCAAGUAUGGCAGCUGUAAGCUGCCAAAAGACAAACUGUAAGGGAAAUAUAGGAAGUAAUAUAAAUGAUGAAGAUAAGAAAGAUAGCCAUUGUACUCGAGGAUUAUUUUGCUGAUAAUAAUUCCCCCCCCCCCUCCAACCCUCCCUGCUCUGCCCCCCUCCUCCCCCCCUCCUCCCCCUCCUCCCCCCUCCUCCCCCCCCUCCUCCCCCCCUUUCACACACACACACACACACACACACACACACACACACACACACACACACACACACACACAAACACCAAUUUCAAUAGGCAAAAGCUAAAGAGCAUUCUCUCAGCUGAAAAGAGAGGUGGUGGUAGUUACCUGAAGGAGGGCAGAGUAAAAGACAAUAGAAAAGAUUCUAAUGUAGGGGACAAAGGGGUAUUUGGAGCUAAUGUGGAUGUUUAGGAGGGGGGCCGGAGGACAGGGUAGAUGAAGGAUUAGGACUGGGAUAAAAGAUACAAAAGGGUGGAGGGCAACAAUAAUGACAGACAGGGAAUAGAGGAAAGUGACUACAGGGAUGAGCAGAGAUUGAGACCAGGAGUGUUGUGCAACUAAAAGAUACACUGGUAUAAAAGUUUCCUGAACACUUCAGAGAAGAUGCAGUUCAUUGAAGGCAAGAGGAUGCAUAUAGUAUUAGAGAUGAAGCAGGUGUAGAAAUAAGUCAUUGUUCAGAAGAGCAGCUUUCCACAUUCUUCUGAGCAGCAACAGGGUAGUCAUUUUACACAGAAAGUAGUACAGCAAUAACAUUGCAGUUGCUGUGUAAAAGAACUGCUUCCAGUAGUGGGAUUAUCUAUUGAGAUACGCUAGUGACAGGACUGGAAUAGAGAACAAUGGACAGUUGCAUGGAUAAUUGUUAAAAGUAUGUUUCUUUCACAGAUGAGACAUAUGGGAGGAAGGUGUUUGGAGUGGGAGUCUCAUCAGAACACGCUAGGAUAUUCUGUUGGCUGGGGAGAGUAUGUGGGCAACAAUGUGGGACAGAUAUGUUUAAUGUUAGAAAAAGACAAAGGGUAAUUAUGCUGAGAUGCAUAUCAUGUUUCAGGUGCUUUUCCUCUGCGAUACUAUUUAAAUGGGGGUGGGGGUGGUAUGUCCAAACCUCAGUGGUUCUUUCUCAUGGUAAGCCAUUCUUUCAUCAUAUCAUUGAGAAUGUAUGGUACAUAAUUGCAUCAAUAUUUCAGUCACUGUACUUGGCACAUGCCAAGGUUAACAUAUAAUACUAUGAGACUACAUCAUACUGGCCUUAUAUGGCUUCGAUAAAUUUGACUUACCCUGCGGAUAAGUCAGAGUUGAGACCCUGCACACCCUUUACUCCCACCACUUGCCCCACCCCUCAGGCCCCCCCCUCCCCCCACUGCUGUGAACCAUGUAAUAGUGAUGUAAAUUACUAUUAUUUCAUUGAAAGAUCUGCUAAAUGUGCCUCAUGAUCUUGUUGAAAGAGGUCAGGGGGAAAAGCUGCACCAAAUAAAGCUAAUUCAUGCAUCAGUGUUUAGGGGGCAGAUUAUGAUAAACUAAGUUAUUUUUAUGAACGCUUUGUAUAAUAAGUGAAAUUUCUUAUUUGAAGUUGUGCAGGGUCUGCUCAUUCAAAGUUCUGUUGAUCUUGAGUGAUGAUACAAAACAAGAAGGUUCCCACAUUCAACUCCUCUUGAAAAUGGUUGAUGAAGAUAUAUUGUUGACCUUUUUCUAAAAUUUAUGAACGUCCAUAGCCAAUAAACAAUGAAUGUCACUAAAAUAGUUUAUAUCUUAGUUGUUCUGGUCCAAUACUGUUAUGCAGUAUGUUGAAAAACAGAUGAUAUAAUAAUAUGAUGAAACAUAAGUAAGCUAAUUGAGAUAGAUUUUAAAGCAAGUGCACUUACAAUGCUCCUCCCAUAUUGUCCAUAGAUGCAUUAUUCUCUCAGUAAAAUAUUAUCAAGAAGCUUUGCAGUUCUAAUGGAAAAAAAUAUAUUUGGGAGCAGUAUCAUAUUUUCAAAACAUUUGGAUCAGUUUUAUUAUUUUUAGAUAACUUUAUGAAAAAAAAAACAUACUCUGUAAUUCCCCAUUUAACAUGAUAUUCUUGGCUACAUAAAUUAAACACUUUGAUAACUCAUUAAAGGUAGAAAUUUUGUGUACUGUGGAAACAUGUUUCUUUGAGUAUUUAUGAUUUGUUUCUCAUAUGUCUAGCAUCAGACUUAACCUAUUUAUUUGACUCACACACGAAGUAAUGAGAAUGUAAGUCACUUCAUAAUACACUUAACACUUACUGGAUUACUGCACUCACAAGAGUAGAGUUGCAGUGUGUUAUACUUUGAAUGUGUAAUUGUAACAUUCCUGAGUUAGUUCCUGAAGCUGGACUAAUGAUAAAACUAAAGACUGCUAAUGUAUAUGACCACAGAAGUAAAAUAAAACAAUAAACAUAA